GUUCUCGUCACAAGUACACAUUCAGAAGCCAUAGCGUUCCGAGUUCAGUGCAUUUCAUUAGUGUCGGAGGAACGCUUGACUGUCAGAAGUUCGUUCCCCCGCAACCCACAUAUCUCCUUAGUGACAUCCGUCAUGAGCCACCGACGCGGUUCUCUCACUUCCCUAGGACGUCGUUUGUCCGCCUUCACUAGUAAUGCCUUCGGCAGGCGACUCGGAAGCCGAAGGGACUCUGAAUCUAUCCGCAACUACCAUUGCCGCUCUGAGUAUCCCAUCCACUCCAAUUCCGAUUACGAUCCGUACGAUGACUUAUCCGACUCUGAAUCUUCCCACUCCGCGGAGUCCGCCGCGCCCGAUAUCAUCCCUUCCACGCUGCUUGCCCCAUCCUUCGCCCCGUCCGCGUCGCAAUUUUGCGAAGUCGCGUCGGCCUUCCAAACGGGCUUCGGAGGCACGCUUCCGCGCAUUCCUGGCGACAUAGUCGAGAAGAUCGUCGAGCGCGCAGACUACAAAGUUAGGGAUAUAACGGUUCAGCGGGAGAGAAUGAGCGGUGGGGACUGGGAAGAGACGUAUGUGGUCUCGCAGCCAGUGGAUUUCGGAAAAGGAUGGAUUAAGGAGAUUAAAGUGGACGCUGAAGCUCAUGACCAAGGCUGGAGCAGUUACCCCGAAGAUCACAAUACCUACGACAACUCGUGGACCUACGCCGAGCUCAUCCGAAUAUUACCUGACGGCUCGUUCGCCUCUCCCCGGGAGCAAAUCUAUCGCAACCUUCACGCGGAUAGGCAUUGGCAGCAUCAUUCUAAGUCGUGGACUGCUCAAUCGCUCUUUGUGCAGUCGCUAAACGCGGGGGAUAAGGUCGCAGUUGUGUUGCGAGCGCAGUAUCCCGGGUGGGUCCACUAUGUGAAGUGGGCGAGGGUGGAGAUAGUGUAUUCGACGCCAUUGCUGUAGUAGGCUAGUAAUGAAUGUGAUAAUAAUCUUGUUUUUAGACGUCUCAAAACACGUAGGCUAGUAAUGGACUCAGAAAGGAUAGGUGCCACCAUUUUUAUGUGCAAUCAAUCAUAUUCCCACAA